CCCCGCCCCUUGCCCCGGCCGCUCCCACUCGGCGGAAGCAGGGGGGAGGCAGCACCCGGCGGCGGGCGGGCUGGGGGCGGUACCGUCCUCCCCUCCCCGGAAGUGCGGUGGUAGGAGCUGCCGGCGCGGUCACGUGAGGGAGCAGCAUGGCGCCGCGCGGAGCGUGACCGGAGGGAGCCCCGGCAGAGGCCUGGACGCGAGCGGAUCUUGCCCUGCCCGGCGCCAUGGUGACAGAGCAGGAGGUGGAGGCCAUCGGCCGGAGGCUGGUGGACGCGGCCCAGCCCCUGCCUGCCCGGUUCCGGGCCCUCUUCACCCUGCGCAACCUGGGCGGCCCUGCAGCCGUGGACUGGAUCAGCCGGGCCUUCGGGGAUGGCUCCGCGCUGCUGAAGCACGAGCUGGCCUACUGCCUGGGCCAGAUGCAGGACGAAGCGGCCAUCCCCGUGCUCAUCCGGGUGCUGGAGGACACCAGCCAGGAGCCCAUGGUCAGGCAUGAGGCCGGUGAAGCCCUGGGUGCUAUCGGGAAUCCGGAUGUGCUGGAUAUCCUGAAACGCUAUUCGGAGGAUCCUGUGGUUGAGGUGGCCGAGACGUGUCAGCUGGCAGUGAGAAGGCUAGAGUGGCUGCAGGAGAACAAGCAGGAGCUGGCCACCAGCCCAUACCUCUCCGUGGAUCCUGCUCCCCCUGCUGAGGAAACGGACGUUGCCAAGCUCCGUGAAACCCUCCUGGAUGAAUCACGCGUGCUGUUCGACCGCUACCGGGCCAUGUUUGCCCUACGAAACCUGGGGAGCCAGGCUGCUGUGCUGGCGCUGGCAGAUGGGCUGCGCUCUGGCAGUGCCCUCUUCCGCCAUGAAAUUGGCUACGUGCUGGGCCAGAUGCAAGAUGAGGCCUGCGUCCCGCAGCUGACAGCCACACUGCGCAGCCGCACCGAGAGCCCCAUGGUGCGCCACGAGUGCGCUGAAGCCCUGGGCUCCAUCGCCCAUCCCUCCUGCCUGGAGACCCUGCGUGCCUUCGCCCACGAUGAGGAGCGGGUGGUGCGGGAGAGCUGCGAGGUGGCGCUGGACAUGUAUGAGUACGAGAAUGGCACCCAGUUCCAGUACGCCGACGGGCUCUGCAAGCUGCAGGCCUCCGCCUGAGCCCUGGCUGGGGGAGUGUGGGCUGGGUGUGCUCCAUCCCAUCCCCCACCGCGGCACUUUCAUGGCUGCCUCUGUCAACACAGAUCCAUGCCUUGCCAUGGCAGAGGUGGAGGAGGAACUGGAUUUGCUCUCUGGCACAAUUACAGCUGCCUUCUCCCUCCAAAUCCAGGCUGAGCUGCUACUUGCCCCCUCCCCACCACCCCCCGUUUCCUGGAUCUACCCCUUUUUCCCUGCCAGGAUCAGCACUGCCUGCUCGCAGCCUGGCUUGGGGCUUGGACUGGGUGGGCUCCACUUUGCACGUCGGAGCCUGUCAUGGCUGCGCAGGGCCCGGGGCUGCUCUGGGCUUGUGCUGCCGUGGUGUCUAGGUGUGAAGCAGCUCCACUUUCCCCACCAGAGUUUUGCUGCGGGGCCAGGGCUGGCACUGGGCAUUUGCUUCCAUAGGUUGUAGUGGUGCAGUGCCUUGAAAUCGCCCUUGGUGCUGGUGCUGAGCCGGGUCCCUCCUUGCCUCUGUGGUGGAGGAGCUGCUGUGGGUUUGGCCUCGCCUGUUGGGGCAGGCCAGGGCUAUGCUUGCAGCAGCCUUUGCCCUGGGAUGGGGGGGUGGGGUGGGGGGUGGUGUUUCAUGGCAGAGUUGGGAAGAUUUGGCUGCGCUUUUCCUUUCUGCAGGGAAUGGUGCUGCCAUUAGGGCUUACAGGGUGAAGCAGAGCCUGCCUGGACUUUCCCCUGCAUUUACCCAGACCUGGGAGGGCUGAGGCUGGUGUCUGCUGCCGGCACCCAGCACCCAGCCCCGCCGGGCAGCCCAGCGUGGGCAUGGGGGGGCCGGCAGGGAAUAAAGCGCUGGCAGUGGGA